AUGUUAGAAAAUGAUAGCGAAAGUGAGGAAGAGCAAGAAGUAGAUAGCGACCGCGAUUCAGAUGUUGACUCAGACGGUAACUACGUUGGGGAUAAGGAAUUACAAGCUGAUUUCGAAGGCCGGAACCCAGAGGACUGUGACUAUCAUGGCAUUAAACAAUUGUUACGGCAGCUCUUCUUGAAAUCUAAUGUUGAUUUGGGAGCUUUAGCACAAAUUAUUAUCUCUCAAAACUAUGUGGGUAGUGUUGUAAAGCAAUGUUUGGAUGAUGGUAUUGAUGACGACGAUGAUGAUGUUGGUGAUGGAGUAUUUGGAGUGACUACGGUUAUCAACAUAACUAAGAAAAAGGAAGAGCAAUGUGUUAAGCAAAUUCGGAAUCUAUUAACCACACUGGCUGAUGAUAAUGCAGAUGAAAAAACCAAGACAUUAGUCAAAAAGAUUCUUUCAGAUGAAUCCAGCCAAGUUGGACUAGUAAUUAAUGAAAGAAUCUUAAACAUUCCAGCAGGUAUAAGUGUGCCGCUGUUCUCCUCUCUACAGUCUGAAGUCGAAAAAGCUAUCAAAAGGAACAUGCCUUAUACAUUCCAGUAUCUUGUGUGGAUCUGUAAAACUUAUAAAACCAGUGAAGACGAUUCUGACAUUUUAUUUGCCAACCAAGAGGAGAAACCGUUGUUGGACGUAGCGCUGGCAACUUUUGAAGUGGAUGUGACUGAGCAAGCUGAACUUUCGCAGUGGGACUUUGAUGGAGGUGCUAUGACACCAUACCGUAAGGUAUUGAUUUUUGAUGGAAGUAAAUUUAAUGAAUUGAUAAGGAUAAUGAAGGAAGAGGUGGAAAGCGGUUAA